GGGAGUGUGGGUGUGAGAUAACAAACAGUGCAGGAGAGACAUGAGAGUGUAUUGGAAAGCAGACAUCGUUCAGCGGCCAUCAGCGAGAAAAGGCAAGAGGAAAAGUCUGCAGGAAGAUACGUGUACACAACAGCACUGUAAGGAGACUACAAGCACUGGAGAAGAGCUGGACAGAAGCACUAAUACUCCUCAGUGAAAUGCAAAAGAGCUGACAAUGGGGGUCACAGCUUUGCAAAUACUCUUGCUUGUGCAUGCAUUCACUUUGACAACACAAGAGUAUGUGAGACUAAGUGUGAGUCCCAAGAUCACUGCAGAGCAUGGCAAACCAGUUACCCUGCAGUGCAACGUGUCCUCAUCUCUUAAUGGACUAAAGAUUAAACACAUUGGAUGGUCCAACAGCAAAAUGUCUUGUUCUGUGGACAGUGAAGGAAACAUAACAUACCAAAAAAGUCUAUUAAAUGACUUCCAUUGUGAGUAUAAAGACGGAAAAUUUUCCCUCAUCUUCGAAAAAGUGGAGCCACACGCAACAGAAGAGCCCUACGGAUGCAAACUUCGAUCCAACCAGGGAAUACAGUAUAAAACUACAGCUGUGGAGUUACAAGAGUGCUGUGCGAACGUGGAGGGUGAUCUAACAAGCGAUGGUCCUAUUUGCACCUUCAGCGAUGUCUAUCCAGACGGAGAUGUGCACUGGUUUCAUGGCUCCCACAAUCUCUCAGGCGGGUUUACAGUGCGUAAAAGUGUCGACAAAGGCGGUUGGCUGACUGUCCGUAGCCACCUGAAGAGGAAAAGUUCAGAUGUGCCCUACAACUGUUCUUUGUGGAGCAGCAAAUCUGGUAGAUACAUUGCAAGUACUUUGGUCGGGGGUAACGCCAGAAUAUCCGCUAUUUCAUCCUCACAUAGCAAGUCGCAAGGACCUAUGUGGAUAGUUCCAUGUGUUUCAGUCUUACUUGCUGUCACACUGAAAUAAUUGAUAUGUCAUAGUAUAUCCAACAUCAUGGAGUGUGAUAUCAGAAUGAGGCCUUGAUUUAUGUUGAUUAAGAACAAUGAGGUACUGAGAUUUAUGUUUUCUUUAAAAAUCCAAAGCAUCUUCAGUUAUCUGAGUCAACUUACUUGUUCAAAGGGUGUACUUUUCUUCCCUUUUAG